AUGACCCUUCCCGAGACACAGUCGAUUGAGCCCGAAGGAGCCGAGCUUGAUGAGAGCACUGGGGAUGAACAGGACCCUCUCGCAGAACUUACGGGACUAGUAGGACGUCUCAACGUGAUUGAAGACGGCCAGGUACACUAUUUUGGAUCACAAAGCUCCUACAACCUCGUCCGGGAACCCAUCCGCGAAGCCGAUCCUCACGAGCCGUCUCUCCGCUUGCAAAGACAGGGCAUCGCGGCUGCAGCCCAACUAGGAAAACUGGUCACGAUAUCUGACGAUAUGCAAAAUCACCUACUCGACAUUUACUGGCGAUGGCAGAACCCGUGGAAUUACGUCAUUCACAAAGGAACGUUUUUGAGGAGUUUCAAAGGCGAGGAUGGGGGGAAAUACUGCUCACCAUUACUGCUCUCCGCCAUCUUUGCCAUUUCGGCACGAUACUCGGAUCGCCCGGAGCUACGCUCAGACCCAAACGACCCGAACACCGCCGGCGAUGCAUUUUGCGAGCAUGCUAAGAUUUUGUUACUGUAUGAGAGCGAGGCGCCGACGAUCACGACUGUUCAGGCUGCGUGUCUCUUGGCUCUUCGAAUCAUGUCGGAUGGCAAGGAGGCUCUUGGAUGGCUUUACUCAGGAAACGCGACAAGAAUGGCUCAUAAUCUCGGCUUAAAUCUGGAUUGUUCAAAAUUUGUGACUUCAGGAUUGUUGUCGGAGGAUGAGGCCGAUACGAGAAAGGUGACGUGGUGGGGAUGUUACGUCGUGGACAAGCUUUUCUCACUUGGCUUAGGCAGACCAAGCAGCACACCAAAGUCAAGCAUCACUUGCCCAAAGCCUAGCAUCGAUAACGAGGAGGAGUACACGCCUUGGAAACCGACCCCUGGCGGAGCUUUUGAUGACAGCACUCUUGGCGUUCACUCUCACAUCUCAUCGACAGCUCACCAUGUAUCAGAAACCUAUACAAUUGCGUGUGAGGCUAUGGACAUGAUAUACGCGAUCAACAGCAAACUUUCACCAAGAGAAAUUGAGGACAUCGUUACAAAGGCCGAUGUCGAGUUACAGUCACACUAUCGAGCGCUCCCUAGCUACCUCCGCCUACCUUCUUCCCCCAAAGUACCGAUGCUUCCACACAUCUGCUUGUUUCACAUUCAAUACCAUGCCCACUUAAUUCUCUUACACAGACCCUUGAUGAGGAAGAGAAAAUCAAGGCGUUCUGUAAGCAAGAGCGCAUCAUCCCCGGAAGAUACAAGCAGCCUGGCCGAUGACGAAUACGCAAACGAGCAUAUGGCCACGUGUCGCCACUCAGCGGCAGAAAUUGCAAGGCUUCUGAGAGUGUACAAGCAGCAAUACACUCUGCGUCGUAUACCGAUCGCAGCAGUUCAUCUAUGCUUCUCAGCAGUUAUCAUCCAUCUCAUCGAUGCUCGACCAUCAAACCCCAAGAGGCAACUGGCGAUCCACCACUUGCAGACGUGCAUCGAUGCCCUCAGGGAUCUGAGGACGGCGUGGUGUGCUUGGAGUGAUCGAGCACUUAGGGCGAUUCAGCUACUUGCAAGAGAGUGGUACCACUGCGACGACGUGUCGCAAUUACAGCAUGUCAACAACCCUAACAGAGGAGGAGCCCGUGAGGCGGGAUACGUCAGUUUGGGCGAUUUGUCUAUGGGUGCGGGAGGGGGCGCAGCAGGUGGCCAGGUAAUGGGACCUCCGGUUGCUUCACCAGGCGCGACUGUUGAGAGCACGAUGGGGAACACGGGCCGAGAGCAGGCCGUGGCGGAGGGAGACCCGUUAGCCUUUCUGUUCGAUGCCAGUAUGCCAGAUCAGUACACUGAUACACUGGUCAGAGAGUGGCUUGCAGAGAGCGGGUACGAUGAUAUGCUGAAUAUGGGCAACCAGUAA